AAAAAACAAAAAAUCCCAGCUCCAGCAAACCCUAACCUUCUUGAUGGCCCAUUUAGGUGCUCAAUCGAACUCAAAAUGUACGGAACAUUUUUGGGCCAAAGACAGGCUUUGCAAUCUACCGGACUCUCUCCUUUGUCACAUUCUUUCUUUCCUUUCGACCGACGUUGUCACAAGCAUUUUGUCGAGUAGGUGGAAGACCCUCUGGACUCUCGUCCCAAAAAUCGAUUUCCAAGAUACAUCCAUCAGGGGCCGCAGUGUUUCGCCUCUACGCAUACUCUACAGUGUUUUAGCUCAACACACAGCACCCAUCCUCUCAAAUUUCACCCUCUCAUGGCGUUCUCCUUGUGACUCCUCUCAUUUUGACAAUUGGGUCGACAUCGCCAUAUUGCGUAAUGUCCAAACACUCGAUCUCCAUUUUGAGUGUGGACAACUUUUCGAGUUGCCCCAUACCGUUUUUCAUUGCAAAACAUUAGUGGGUCUGGAAUUAUAUGGCGAAAUUGAGCUCGAUCUUCCUCCUUCCUUUCAACUCCCAAGCCUCAAGAUUCUGCGUCUCUACGAAAUUUGUUAUACUUCCGACUACUCUUUCUCGAGCCUCUGCUCCGCCUGCCCGAACCUCGAAGAUUUGACGGUGAUAUACGAGUUUAUAGUCGGUAAUGUCAAUAUUGUUAGUUUUAAAAUAAGCUUACCCUUUUUGAAUCGUUUACGUAUCGACUUCAUAUCAUUUGAUACCGAACCUCCUGAUUACAAACUUGAAAUAUACGCCCCAAUUCUCGAGCGCUUUUGCUUAUUUGGUUAUUUGUCAAACAUGGUUUUCCUUGAAAAACUAGCCCACUUAAUUGAAGUCCAUUUCGUUGUUUGUGGACUAGGCCAUGUAUUUGAGAUGUGUUAUUCAGAUAAGGUAUUCAAGAUUGUAAGAGCACUAAAUAGCUCUAAAUUCCUCGAACUAUUUCCUGGUGAUGUAGAGUGCAUCGGCUUUGGUUACAUAUAUCCUUCCAUGUUCCAAAAUUUGGUCCGGUUGAACUUUAAAGUUACUCAAUCGAAUUGGCACGUGCUACAAUCCUUGCUUGUAGUGGCUCCUAAUUUAGAAGUUCUUGUUCUUGAUAAGCAUUAUUAUCGUAAAAAUCAGUUAUGCUGGAUGGAGCCACCGGAUGGUUCCGGUUGUUUGUCAUCGCGACUGACAACUUUUAAUUUUAAUGGAUAUGAAGAAUUGGGACAUGAAGCUGAAUUCAUAAAAUAUAUUCUAAAGGAGGCAAUGAUCUUGAACACAAUCACAAUUAAAGUUUCUGCUCUACAUUCGAAGGAAAGUGUUCUCAAGAAAUUAUCAAUGUUCCCAAGGCACUCAACAACAUGUCUACUUACAGUUGAAAUAGACGACUCUUUGGAGUAAUUGGUGGCAGCUUCUUUUGACAUAGCAACUUCUUUAUAUGGCUUGACAAUGUGCUUGACUAGGGCCCUAUGCACCCCAAAGGAGUUAGAUAUAGUAGUAUGCACUUCUUUGUGUAGAUGAAGUGGUAUAGUAAGAUUGCAAGGUUAAAUCUUUUUGGGAGCUUCUGCUUUAUUACUGCUUGUAUUUAUUAAAUCCUUGCAAGCCCUUUGUUUAUUAAUGAACUAGAUUCUUGUGGGAAAAAGUACUUGGUGAUCCAUGUUUAGUUCAUGAAUUCAUGUAUAUUGAUGGUAUUUAUUAGUCAAUUCCAAGUGGUAGCACAAUAGGCUAGGGAUGCCUCAUAAAGUAGAGGUCACUAGUUUGAAUUUCCUCUUCCCCCUCCCCUGGGGCCAAAACUCACUUAUCAAAAAAAACAAAAAAGAUGGGUAUUUAGUAGUGGUAAGGACCUCUUUUUGGGCUGUUUAACACCUGUAUCUUAAAUGUGAUUGUAUAUUGACUAGGAAACUUCUAGACCCAAA